AUGCGCUCUUAUACAAAGGCUGCUGAAGAGCGUGCCAAAUCAACCUUCCCCGGCCAUCUCAAGGUUAUCGAGUCGCAGCCGACUGCAGAGGAGGAUCAAGUAACUAAGCUAGUCAAUCAAAAGCUGGACGCCUUGGUUCGCGGCACCGAUCAACAUCCACUGCUCAUUCAAAUUGUCUACCAUUGCCCUCACCUGUUCAUUGACUUCAGCUGCUCAACCCAUGGAAAACGAAAGUAA